GGCCGCCGCACAACAACAACAACACCAGCAGCAGCAGCAGCAGCAAUAAUAUCAACAACAAUGAGCGAGAACAACGGCAGUUUAACAGCCGCAAAUGGACCGCGCGUCGUUACCAUUUACAAGACAGAAACGGGCUUUGGUUUCAAUGUGCGCGGUCAGGUGUCAGAGGGUGGACAAUUGCGAUCUAUCAAUGGCGAGCUCUAUGCACCGUUACAACAUGUUAGCGCCGUGCUGGAAAACGGGGCCGCUGAGAAGGCGGGCAUUAAAAAAGGCGAUCGCAUACUCGAAGUCAAUGGGGUUAGCGUGGAGGGCGCCACACACAAGCAGGUGGUGGAUCUGAUUAAGUCGGGCGGGGACUGCUUGACGCUUACGGUGAUAUCGGUUACGCAGCAGGAGGCCGACAGACUGGAGCCGCAGGAGGAUCAAAGCGGCUACUCCUACAUCGAUUACUCCGACAAACGUUCGCUGCCCAUAAGCAUACCCGACUAUACGAUAAUGAAUCGUAAUGGCGAGCGCUAUAUAGUCUUCAAUAUACACAUGGCUGGGCGGCAGCUUUGUUCGCGUCGCUAUCGCGAGUUUGCCAAUUUGCAUUCGUCGCUGCGCAAGGAGUUCAGCGGCUUCAAUUUUCCCAAGCUGCCGGGCAAGUGGCCAUUUCAGCUGAGCGAGCAGCAGCUGGACACGCGACGCCGCGGACUGGAGCAGUAUUUGGAGAAGGUGUGUGCGGUGCGUGUGAUAGCCGAAAGCGAUGCGGUGCAGGAUUUUCUAACAGACAACGAGGACGAUGUAUCCGCCUCGCCGGUGGACAUCAAAGUGAUGCUGCCAGACCAUGAGGUCACUAGCGUAUCGGUAAAGAAAUCAUCCAAUGCGCAGGUCGUCUGGGAGAUUCUGGUGCAGCGCGCCAAUCUUACCGCCUAUACGCAACAAUAUUUCUAUCUAUUCGAAAUUGUCGAAUACAAUUUCGAGCGCAAGCUGCAGCCGCAUGAGAUACCACAUCAGCUGUAUGUGCAGAACUAUAGCACCGCCUCAUCCACAUGCCUUUGCGUGCGCCGCUGGCUGUUCUCGGUGCCCAAGGAGCUGACACUGCCCGAGGGCGAGCAGGCGUCGCGUUUCAUCUUCUAUCAGUCCGUGGACGAAGUGAAUCGCGGCAAUAUACGCGCCGAUGGGCGACUCUACGAGCUGAAGGCACUGCAGGAUGCUAAAAAGGCAAACGACUAUUUGGCGCUGGCGCGCACACUGCCAGGCUAUGGUGAUGUCGUCUUUCCACACUGCUCCUGUGAUAGUCGCAAGGAGGGUCACGUUGUACCCGCCGUGGGCAUGAAGAGCUUUCGACUGCACGCCUGCCGUGAGGAUGGCAGCUUGGAGGCGCAAAUGGUGGAGCUUACAUGGGAUAGCAUAACGCGCUCUGAGAGCGAUGAGGAGUCCAUGUCCUUUUGCUUUCAAUACAAUCGUCCAGAUAAGCCAGCACGUUGGGUCAAAGUCUAUACGCCAUAUCACGCAUUUCUUGCAGACUGCUUUGAUCGCAUCAUGGAGGAGCGCAAAUGGGAGGAUAGCGGCGACUAAGCUGGCAACUUUUUAAUGGAAAUAAUGCAUCACAAGCAAAACACAAACAUUCUCUACCAACAACAACACAACACAACACUUGAGCAAUUUCAAUUUAGAACACAUUUUUUGAUAUACGCGCGCCAUAUUUGUUUUUUUUUUUUUUUUAUUAGCAUAGUUUAAGUCACAAAGUGUGAAAGGCCAACAAAACUUAGAGACACACAGCAAAUGAAAAGCGAAACAAAGCUCAUUAUUAUAAACAUUGUAUAACGUUGACAAAGAUCGUUUCAAAAUUAUAUAUAUAUUCUAUUGCACUACACAUAGUUAUAGAGAUAGCGAUCAUAUUAGAAAGGGACAGCAGUGAAAAGGCACCAAUUUAGUAGAGCGAUGAUUCUCAUACAUAUAUUAUUAUAUAUACACACACACAUACACAGUUAAGCAAUUAUGCAAUACAUACAUACACAUUUGAA